AUGUCGGAGCACGCCUCUUACUGGCAGAAGUUCAAUGUCGCACCAGACGCGUGCACCAGUCACCAGGAGCUACAUACUCUCGACUUCAGUUCAUUUUUUCCACUCGAGACCGACAUACCCGUUUGUUUGUAUGCUGUCUUAUCUGCGGUGCUUCUUGAAGCCAAGGAGUUGUGCUACCUUUUCCUUUUCUCAAUGAUUUCUCCUUCGAUGUCCCUAAAAUUGCUGAGCCAAUCGCGAGAGGAAUAUUCAGUGACCAUAUGCUGUUUACCACUAAAAAUACAACACUUGAAGGAAGCAAAUAUUUCAUCACAUCAUUCAUGAUCCGCGUGCCGUCUCAUAGUAGAGACUCAAGUUAACAAGUCGUUCCUUAAAUAUAAUGCAUAAUAUUAGUUCCGAAAAUGCAUAAACACGUCUACCUUCGGAAUUUGAGUAAAAUUCAUGGUCAUAUAUGCAAAUGAAACAUCAUUAUCUGCACUUAGGAAUGGUCCGCAUGUAUCAUCCCCCAUUUUUUCUUUAUAAUAAAUCCUAAGUCCUCUAUGAAUAAACUAAGAAGACUGAUUGUGAGUGAAUCACGAGUGGAACUUAAUAUGACGAUUUUUUCCGUGCGCUCUGCGACAGCCAACCGCCACUGAUAACGAAACCUCUAAUUCUCUAGCCAAAACUGUGGACUUUGGAACGGUUUUUCUCUUAGAUGCCAUUCUUCCUCAUAACGACCAAUUUUCUAACUAUUUUCUAGGUUUGUUUGUAUGCUGUCUUAUCUGCGGUGCUUCUUGAAGCCAAGGAGUUGUGCUACCUUUUCCUUUUCUCAAUGAUUUCUCCUUCGAUGUCCCUAAAAUUGCUGAGCCAAUCGCGAGAGGAAUAUUCAGUGACCAUAUGCUGUUUACCACUAAAAAUACAACACUUGAAGGAAGCAAAUAUUUCAUCACAUCAUUCAUGAUCCACGUGAAGUUAACAAGUCGUUCCUUAAAUGUAAUGCAUAAUAUUAGUUCCGAAAAUGCAUAAACACGUCUACCUUCGGAAUUUGAGUAAAAUUCAUGGUCAUAUACGCAAA